AUGUCAUCCACCACCACAUCCCUUUCAGCGCAACCUACAGUGCCCAAUUAUCCAGACGACCUUCAAUGGGUCACCGCUUACAUGGCUGCUCAUAUGAUGAGCCCAAACUCCAGACGCUAUGUUUACGUACUCUGGUUUUGUGUAGCGUCGGUCUUCGUGGUCUACGCCAUCGUGCAUUGGACGGGAUCCAGAGGAGGAGCUUUUGGUUGCUACUGGCGAAAAUGGGCUGUACGGAGACGGACAUGGCGUUUGGGUUCUUCAUUCCGCCAAAGCAAAUCGCGGAGGGGUGGUUUCAGAAUCUCAUGGCCUUCUAAUGGUCAAUUGCUAUGCCUGGCAGCUUUACCUCUCACCGCUAUCCUUCUAUCGUUCGUCGGACCAGAUUAUAUCUCACCCAGAGUCAAUCUAUUCGACAUUUCACCUCAGAAACUUUCAGCGAGAGGUUACGACACCUCACAAUUCGUACAAUACCAGCCUCAGUAUCAGAUCAGGAAAGCCUGGUGGACUUCUGGAGGGAGAACGGGGUUGAUUGCUUUCGGACUCAUGCCUUUGGUUAUCCUGUUCGCACUCAAAGCGCCGCCCUUCGCUAUCCUCGCGCUCCCAACCACCCAGCUUCAUUUCGACAAGCUAUCGUGGCUUCAUCGAUGGUCGGCACGACUUUUAUACCUAAUUACCCUUCUGCAUGUCGUCCUUUGGAGUGUCCAGUUAUCCCUUGACGUUCGUAGGACGACAGGGCAAACGGGUUAUGUCUACGCGUGGCAGUACCAGAAAUUUUUGUUCGGCUGGAUCGCAUUUGGUUCGAUGACCUUACUCGUUUUUUCUUCGUCAUAUCCGCUACGAAAAUAUCAUUACGAGACCUUUUAUUUCCUUCACAUAUUAUUGGUCCCCUUGACACUGGUUUUCUCCGCCCAUCACCAUCCUCCUGUGGCCCAUUGGUGUUGGGUGGCGCUUGCAUUCUGGCUAGGAGAACGGGCAUGGCGAGCUAUGUGGUGGCUUCAGAUGAAUGGGUUUUUCGGAAAGGAGAAAUCUGCACCUGUCGUCAUGCCUGCGACCCCAGCCACUCCCGCAGUUGGUGGUACCUACCCACCCCACUCUCCGUACGUUGACUCCCGAUUUUUCUUUCUCAGCGAUGGAAAUUUGCUCGCGCCAGCGACUGCCCUGGAGUACACGCCUCCACCUGGUUACGCUCACGCAGAACUUCUAUCAGGUGCUACAGUACGUUUGACGUAUAUUAGUCCCGGUUUCCUAUCCUGGGCACCUGGUCAACAUUUUCUUAUCAACAUCCCCUCGGUUUCGAGAUUCCUAACCCACCCCUUCACAACCGCUUCGAUAUGUGAUCAUCAAGCUGCCCCAUCAGGACGCGCCAUUGUUUUCCUCGUACGGUGUAAGGGCGGUUGGACGAGGGAUAUGUGGGAUCACGUCGUGAAGCUACAGAAUCAAGGUGAACACCACGUACCGGGUGAGAAGCUCCCGAACGGUACCGUGAUGCCCCAGCGCGGCGUGCUUAUGAGGAUGUUUGUCGAAGGGCCCUUCGGAAGUUCUGUCGGGGCCAGAUGGGGUAACCACUCCACUGUUAUGAUAUUUGCUGCUGGCUCUGGAGUCAGCUUUGCGCUAUCAGUACUCGAGUUUGUCUGCUUGUGUCUCGCUGGAAGGGAUGGUAGCAAACUUGGAGGGCAUGCUGGCAGUUGGGGCACCAAAGGGUAUAAAACACAACGAAUUCGGUUCGUGUGGAUGAUAAGAGAGUAUGCUCACAUUCAAUGGUGUGCCUCAAUUCUGAGGCGGUGCACGACGAUGAUUCCGUCUCCGGGGUUGGAUGUCGAAAUCUUCGUCACAAAGCCUGACAUCUCCAGAAUUUCCAGAGCUUCCAAGAUGUUUCCACAAAACCCUCGGCAUUCAAUUCCGAACACUAUCAAUGACUCCGAGGAUGGAGACGAGGAUGUCGAUCUCAGUUAUUACGCCGAAACUGGUGACGACGGAGAACUGGGUGGCAUCUCCCUCUCAGACUACAUGCUGGACCUGACCAACUGGGAUGAUGAGCUUGAUGACAAGUUAGCAGGCGAAAGUCGCUUUAGCACAAUGAUCAGGAGGGAGGGUAACAUGCUCCGCAGAAUGUCGAGAGCUCCUCCUACCUCAAAUCGUACAGUUACCUCUUUCUUGAUCUCGGACCCGACAUGGAUGCCACCAAUACCGGGUUCUUCGCCUUUGAAACACACGUCUUUCUUAUCAGCCGAUCCUACUUCUGCGCAUCCUCCGGAUCAGUCCUCGACUGGCCAAGUUCUCAUUGUCAAUGAUCACUCUUCUUCCCUUAAACCUCAUGUUCCUUCACCGCUUAAAUCAUCCUUCUUUUCUAAUAAUACAUCCUCGGUGGAACCUCCUGCACGCUCCUCUGUAGAGUCUAUAAGGCGCAAUUCAUCGCAAUUAGAAGGUCCAGAAAGUCCAUCAGAGGCCCAGCCACGACCUUCAUGGGACUUUUCGUGGCAGCAAUCCAUUCGGAGACCUCCGAAGCCAUCUACGUUAUCUAAAGACGUUCCUGUGCGCUCCUCUUGGGAUUCUUCGUGGCAACAGAACUUGUGGAAACCGCCAGGACCGUCCACCCUAUCGAAGCCCUCCACCAGCAGUCCCCUGAGAAGAGGACAGUCAGCAGAGAACCUUGUGAACAAGGCGACUGUUGAAGACGAGACUAACAGGGACGGUCGUCGAUUUUCCACUUCUACGUACGAGAGUGACAUGGGCUCUCGACCUGUCUCCCUUUACUCCCUUUCUGACCCUGCACCCCGUCCACUUUCUCCUCGAGGAUCUCGUACGGGAUCUCCACCCCCGUCUACCGACCCUUUAACGCCAUCAUCAAGUAUACCGAUGAUGGCAAACUUCUCCCGACCCCUCGAUAUCCUACCUUCGGAUCCGCCACCAGACCAGGAGAAACAUGUUGUCUUCCACACCCCAUCACCUGCCGCUGUUUCUCUAGACACCGAUCAACCAAGACUACAUAUCGAUACGCAGGAGAUGCAGGACAUUUCGAUGGUGUCCAUGAAUGCACGUCCAGGCAAGCCUUUGUUACAACGAAUUCUUCACGACGAAGUGGAAUCUGCCAAGGGGUCUGUUAUUGUGGCUUGCUGUGGUCCUUCGUCCUUCAAUGCUAUGGUCAGGAAGGCUGUUGCCUCUGAAAUCGAUCCACAAAAGGUGCGGCAGGGAGAUUGUAGAGGCUACGUCGAAUUGCUAACCGAGGACUUCGAGUUUUGA